AUGUCCACCUGUUCCAAUGCUUCAGAUACGAUAUCCGAUACGUCCACCGUUUCCACGACUACAGUCAUCCUCCCUCCCUCCGACCUCCAACGCUAUCAAACUGGUACCGUGGCCAGCUUUUCCCAACCAGGCAUCCUUGUACCCGAAUACACCUUUGACCUCCCACCUGAAGCGCACUUUUCAGCUCCUUAUCCGUCGCUCACCGAUCCACAACUGUUGUCAUCGAUCCCACCAUCCACCAUAUCCAGCUCUCGCGGCCCAUCGACCACUGGUUACAACCGCACUCGUGCCCUUACAUCACGCCUCUCUCCUCGCCGCCUUUCUCGUGGUGUCGGUACCAGGCAUGUGGUACGAGAACACCACCGCCAUAUAAACCCCGUCGGAGCAGGACCAAACUCCCCUCCUCCAGGAGGAGGUGGCGGUGGUGGCUUCCGAUACCCUCCCCCACCAUACUUUGGUUUCCCUCGCAAGCUGGCGAUGCCCGUGCCCCUACGACUUCGUAACCGAAAGGCGUUUCUAGCAUUUCUGAAGCGGGUGUUAAUGGUGAUGGUUAGGACACCGCGGUCGUUGUUGAAGAUCAGGGUGACGAAGGUCGGGCUUAAGAGAGUUGUACAACGGGAGGAAGGGGGGACGGAGUUGAUGAUUGCGGAUUCGAAUGCAAAGUCGAAUUGUGGAUCUAUUCCUCAGUCUACUACACCUCGUACACCUCUCUUGCAGGCGUUCGUGAAUUCUUAUUCUUCUGGUUCUACCUCUUCACCGCCACCUAACCCUCGGCCUUUUCCUUCCCUCCCACCCACCAUCACGCUCUCUCCAGCCCAACGAGAAGAGUUGAUCGAGGCGAAACGGAUAUUUUCGUAUGAAAAGCUGUUGCGAAUUUUAGGAGAGGAAGCUUCCGAUGGUGCUGUUCAAAGCUGUGAUGGGUAUGGACUUGAGUGGUUGGAAGGCAUUGAGAGGGACCGAGGAGAGAGGAUUUUGGAGUGUGUUUCCAGCUUUUGA